AUGGUCGAACGUCGAUUUCUCAGAGUUUCGAGUCCGAAUUACCGCCGAGAUGUGGAGAAUUCUAGACAGGGCGCCACCGAAUUGGCGAGAGUAAAGGCUGCACUCAGAUCGCGACCGACGAAGUUUCCCGAGCCCCAUGACCCAGCUGGAAUAUUGAGGUUUGCGCUGUGCAAAAUCAACCACGCCGAACAGUGCGCGGAGGUGGCGGUCGGCGAAGGGACUGAUGACAUGUGCUGCGGAUGCUGCAGAGGGGAGGGAGCCGAAAUGCUGGGUUGCGGAGGGGAGGAGGCCGAAAUUCUGGGCUGCGGGAGCUGCAGGGGUGAGGCGGCGGUGUGCAUCGCCGAAGCUCUAUACGUGUUGAGCUUUCGAGAGGCCGAUGUGAUGUUGGCGCACGCCAAGCGCAUACUGCCGGAGGAAACUUACCGUCUGGUGUGUGACAAGUACGCCGAACUCAGGAAAAAUUACCGUCGAUAA